AACUGAAGGAGCUAGCCUGUUACAUACAGCUCAGCAAUGAAGUGUUAAUUCCCAUGUUUGUGAUGCAGAACUGGAAAGACUAUAAAGCAGCCAUGAGUCUUGGUGGUGUAGUACUGAUGAUGCUGAUAGCUACUGGAGCAAUGGCCUCUGGACAGCAAAUUUGGUUUACCCUGAGAUCAACAAACUAUGUCAUCACUACUAACAAUACUGAGAUCCUCAUUACUGACAUUGGAGAGGAUGCUGUGGGUGGUCUCCCUUCUCUCACUUGUAACACUGACCUCACUGCCUGCUGUAGAAGUAAUGCUGACAACAAUGGUAAUGGAGGACUAGGACAGUGGACGUAUCCUGAUGGGAGUGUGUUACUGCAAAAUGGUGGCUCAAUGAAUGCUGGACAGCAGUUCUACUUUGUGAGGAAUGCACCUCAGGUCAUUGUGCUAAACCGUAGAGAGGCUAACAACUCCCUCACUCCAACCGGGUCCUACUGUUGUACUGUACCAACUUCACUGGGAGAGAUGACCUUCUGUGCUAACCUGGUUGUGUGCCUCUCCCUCCCUUCCCUCAACAAUGGGUGGAUAUCCUACACUGACUCAACACUGGGCCUGAACACUGUGGCCACCCACUCUUGUGAGCCUGGCUAUAAACUGACUGGUAGUACCUCAAUGAGGACAUGUACUGUCAGUGGAUGGGAUGGAACUGCACUUACUUGUACAGCUAUCUGUAAUGACUUGACUACUCCAACCAAUGGCAAUGGAAUGAUAGCCUAUAAUAUGGGGACCAUGGAUGCUAGACCAUUGAACACUGUGGCUACCUACACACUGAGCUGUGACACUGGAUACAUGCUGACUGGUGAUAUAACCAGGACUUGUGUAUAUGGAACCUGGAGUGGUAGUGAUUCAACUUGUGAAUUGAUCUGUCCAAACCUCCCUGUACCAACCAAUGGAGCAGUGGUGUACAGUGACACCACCAUCCCUAGAGCUGUUGGCUCCACGGCUACCUACACCUGUAACACUGGAUACCAGAUGACUGAACUGAUGGUGAGGACGUGUAGUGUCAGUGGAUGGAGCACUGGAGGCGACCCUGUCUGUACUGCUAUAUGUGAUGAGCUCAUCCUCUCCAAUGGAGUAAUUAGUUACAGUCCAGCUACCUCCCCCAUACUAGAGAGAACCACGGCUACACACAGCUGUACUACCACUGGGUACCAACUGUCCUCAUCCACUACCACUAGGACCUGUCAGUCUGACAGAACGUGGAGUGGAAUACCCAUCAUUUGUGAAGCUGUUGACUGUGGACCUCUGAGUAUUACCAAUGGAGCAGUGGACACAUCCUCUGGAACCACCUUCAUGAUGACUGCUACCUACACCUGUAACACUGGCUACAUUCUGACUGGUGGAUCUAUGACCAGAACAUGUCCGGCCAAUAUGAUGUGGAGUGGCAGUGAACCAACUUGUGAUGUCCUGUGUCCUCGUGAGCCUCUCUCCAAUGGAAUGGUGACCUACUCACCUUCUGAUGACCCUCCACAACCCAGAGCAGUGGCCACUUAUUCUUGUGACACUGGCUAUGAACUGAGUGGUGCUAGUACGAGGAAUUGUGUGGCUGUCAGUGGAUGGAGUACAUCUCUACCUGUUUGCAAUCUUGUUGAUUGCAAUGACCUCGCUAACCCGGACAAUGGAGCAGUGGACACAUCCUCUGGAACCACCUUCAUGAUGACUGCUACCUACACCUGUAACACUGGAUACAACAUUGCUGGAUCAGACACUCGGACUUGUGGGGCCACUGCAUUGUGGACUCCAGAUUCCCCCACCUGUGCACCUGUUGACUGUGGUUCCCUCACUGUUCCUAUUAACGGGCAAGUUAGUACAUCCUCUGGAACCACCUUCAUGAACACAGCCACCUACACCUGUAACACUGGCUACACUCUCAAUGGAGUAUUAACUAGAACCUGUCAAGCUAAUGGAAACUGGGACCUAACCGUACCUACCUGUGAUCCUGUUGACUGUGGCCCCCUCUCUGCCCCCUUCAAUGGAGCAGUGAACACAUCCUCUGGAACUACCUUCAUGAUGACUGCUACCUACACCUGUAACACAUACAAUGGAUCCACAACCAGGACUUGUGGGGCUACUGGAAUCUGGAGUGGCAGUGAACCAACAUGUGCCAUCUACCUGACUCUGGGAUCAACCUUAUAUAAUACCAAUAACACUGAGAUACUCAUCACUGACAUUGGAGAGGAUGCUGCUGGUGGUCUCCCAUAUCUCACCUGUCACACUGACCUCACCACCUGCUGUAGAAAUACUGACAACGGUGGUAAUGGAGGACUAGGACAGUGGACGUUUCCUGAUGGGAGUGUGAUACUGCAUAAUGGUGGCUCAAUGAGUGCUGGAGAUCAGUUCUACAUUCUAAGGGGGGCACCUCAGGUCGUCAGACUGGCUCGUAGACAGGGCAACAACCCCCUCACUCCAAUCGGGUCCUACUGUUGUACUGUACCAACUACUGGAGGAGACAUGACCCUCUGUGCUAACCUGGUUCUGUGCUCCACCCUCCCACUGAUGAAUGGAGUGAUCUCCUACUCUGACCCAACACUGGGUGAGAACACUGUGGCCACUCACACCUGUGAGGCUGGGUCUGCCCUCACCACUGACGUCAGUACCAGGACCUGUGGAGUGACUAGUAAUAGUCUGGGUGGUGUGGGUGACUGGUCCGGGUCACCUCUGGUGUGUGCAGGGGGUGCCUGUCCAGACCCCACUGAUCUACAAAAUGGAGUGAUCAGCUACAGCACUGUAUCAGCUAAUGGCUACAGACGAGUUACUACUGUGGCUACCUACUUUAGAAUUUGUACUGGUGUUGGCUUGGAAACUGGCGGUACCUCAGUGAGGACGUGUAGUGGUGGUGUUUGGAUUGGCAGUGAACAACCUUGUAUAGCUUCCAAUACCACCUGCUCUCACCACUUGACUGCUCCAACCAAUGGAAUGAUUGGCUAUAAUACGGAAACCAUGGACCCUAGACCAGUGAACACCGUGGCUACCUACACUUGUAUCACUGGAUACACUGUGACUGGCAGCAACACCAGGACUUGUGGGAGUGAUGGAAUGUGGAGUGGGUCUAAACUCACUUGUACAAUUGUCACCUGUCCAACCCUCACUAACCGUAAUGGAGCAGUCAACGUACCUAGUAACAACUUUGGAAGCACUGCAACCUACACCUGUAACACUGGCUACACUAUCAAUGGAGACACCACUAGGAUGUGUCAAGCUGAUGGAACCUGGAGUGGCAGUGAACCAACUUGUCAGCUGAUCUGUCCAAACCUCCCUGUACCAACCAAUGGAGCAGUGAUAUACAGUGACACCACCAUCCCCAGAGCUGUGGACUCCAUGGCUACCUACACCUGUACCACUGGCUACCAGGUGACUGGAUUGAUGAUGAGGGUGUGUACUGUCAGUGGAUGGAGCACUGGAGAUGACCCUGUCUGUACUGCCAUCUGUCCUGGCCUCACCCUCACCAAUGGAGUGAUUGGUUACACUCCAGCUACUUCCCCUAUACUAGAGGGAACCACGGCUACACACAGCUGUACUACCACUGGGUACCAACUGUCCUCAUCCACUAGUACCACUAAGACCUGUCAGUCUGACAGAAUGUGGAGUGGAGAACUCCUCACUUGUAACCCUGUCCCCUGUGGCAACCCUCCUACUGUUAUCAAUAGUGGCAGGACUUUCACUGGUACCACAUUCGGAGCAAUGGCUACCUACUCCUGCAACACUGGGUAUCAAAGGUCAGGAUCAGCCACGAUAACUUGUCAGGCUAAUGGGAGCUGGAGUGCAGCACCAGUGUGUACAGUGGUUGAUUGUGGCUCAUUGAGUGCUCCUACCAAUGGAGGAGUCAUGACAACAGGAACCACCUACCAAAGUACUGCUACCUACAGCUGUGACAAUGGCUACACACGUAGUGGAGAUCAGACCAGGGUUUGUCAGGCUAGUGGAGACUGGAAUGGGUCAGAACCUGCUUGUAAUCUUGUUGACUGUGGAGCUCUAACUGUUACCAAUGGAACAGUGGACACAUCCUCUGGAACCACCUUCAUGAUGACUGCUACCUACACCUGUAACAAUGGCUACACUCUGACUGGAGACACCACCAGAAUGUGUGGGGCUGGUGGGAGCUGGACACUCAUGGAGCCUACUUGUGUUGUUGUUGACUGUGGCCCCCUCACUGACCCCUCCAAUGGUAUGGCCGUUAAUACACCCACUACCACAUUUGAGAGCACUGCUACCUACUCUUGUAACACUGGCUACACUCUGACUGGAAAUAUGACCAGAACUUGUCAGGCUAAGGGAGACUGGAGUGGGUCUGCUCCAACAUGUGAUAUUGUCACCUGUCCAGCUCUCUCUGACCCCAACAAUGGAAUGGUUGAUGUGCCUAACAACACCUUCAUGAGCAAUGCCACCUAUGCCUGUGUCCAUGGCCACAAUCUGACUGGAGGCAGCACCACCAGGACUUGUGGGAGUGAUGGAGUGUGGAGUGGCAGUGAUCCAACGUGUACUCCUGUGGAUUGUGGCUCUCUCUCUGACCCCUCCAAUGGAGCAGUGGACACAUCCUCUGGAACCACCUUCAUGAGGACUGCUACCUACACCUGUAACACUGGGUACACUCUGACUGGCAGCAACACCAGGACUUGUCAAGCUGAUACAGACUGGAGUGGCAGUGAACCAGCUUGUGAUAUUGUCACCUGUCCAGCUCUCUCUGACCCCACCAAUGGAAUGGUUGAUGUGCCUAGCAACAACUUUGGGAGCAUUGCCACCUACACUUGUAACCGUGGCCACAAUCUGACUGGAGAUGCCACUAGGACUUGUGAGGCUACUGGAAUGUGGAGUGGCAGUGUAGCUUGUAAUCUUAUUAACUGUGGCGACCUCACUGGCCCGGACAAUGGCUUGGUCACUAUACGUAUUGGAAACUUUGGUAGCAAUGCUUCCUACACGUGUGAAACUGGCUACAUGCUGAAUGGAGAUAUGACCAGAAUGUGUCAGGAUAAUGGAGACUGGAGUGGGUCUGCUCCAACUUGUGAUACUGUUGACUGUAGUGACCUCACUGACCCCACUGAUGGAGCAGUGAACACAUCCUCUGGAACCACUUUUAAUAUGAAUGCCACUUACAGCUGUAACACUGGCUACAAUCUAAAUGGAACAAACGCUAGGACUUGUCAGGCGGAUAGAAUGUGGAGUGGCAAUGAACCAGCUUGUGAUAUUGUCACCUGUCCAGCUCUCUCUGACCCUAAUAAUGGAAUGGUUGAUGUGCCCAACAACAACUUUGGGACCGUUGCUAACUACACGUGUAACACUGGCUACAUGCUGACUGGAGAUGUAAUUAGAGUUUGUGAGGUUAAUGGAGACUGGAGCGGGACUGCUCCAACUUGUGAUAUUGUCACCUGUCCAACUCUCACUGACCCCACCAAUGGAACGGUUGAUGUACCUAGCAACAACUUUGAAAGUACUGCCACCUACGCCUGUGACACUGGAUACAAUCUAACUGGAGGCAGCAGCACCAGGACUUGUGGGAGUGAUGGAGUGUGGAGUGGCAGUGAUCCAACAUGUACUCUUGUUGACUGUGGAGCCCCUCCCACCAUUUCUGAUGGCAGUAGGACAAUAGCUGGUACAACAUUUGGAGAGAUGGCCACCUACACCUGCACCACUAGUGGGUUCAAUAUCUCUGGAUCAGCCACCAUAACUUGUCAGGCUAAUGGGAGCUGGGAACCUGAGCCAGCCUGUACUAUGGAUCCCAUUGAUUGUGGGACACCUCCCUCUGUCUCUAAUGGCUCUCCUGGAGCACCCUCCAACACAAUGCUCAAUGGAGUGGUGGCCUACACCUGUGACACUGGAUACCAGAUCUCCACUAGAGUCACCACAGCAAUGGCUACCUGUAUGGCUAAUGGGGUCUGGGGACCUCUAUCAACUUGUUCACGUGUCUCAUGUGGUGACCCUCCCUCUGGCACCAAUGCAACUCCUGGAGCACCCUCCAGCACAGUGUACCAAGGGACAGUGACCUACGCCUGUGACACUGGAUACCAGAUCUCCACUGGAGUCACCACAGCAAUGGCUACCUGUAUGGCUAAUGGGGUCUGGGGACCUCUAUCAACUUGUUCACGUGUCUCAUGUGGUGACCCUCCCUCUGGCACCAAUGCAACUCCUGGAGCACCCUCCAGCACAGUGUACCAAGGGAUAGUGACCUACGCCUGUGACACUGGAUACCAGAUCUCCACUGGAGUCACCACAGCAAUGGCUACCUGUAUGGCUAGUGGGGCCUGGGGACCUCUAUCAACUUGUUCACCUGUGAACUGUGGCCCACCUCCCACUAUUACCAAUGGCUCUCCUGGACCACCCACUCCUGACACAACUCUUGGAGGAAUGGUGACCUACACCUGUAACACUGGUGUGCUGGUGGGAGGGGCCACUGUGACCUGUGAGGCCAGUGGAGACUGGAGCACUACACCAACCUGCUUAGUGAUAACCCUAACACUGGCCCCCUCUCCAAUGGCUGGUCAGAGAUACACUCUCACAUGUGCUGUGACUGGAGGGGACUCUCUGACUCCAACCAUCACCUACCAGUUCACUCAAGACAAUCCCGGACAGACUGGGGUGGUGGGGGGAGUGUUGACCACACCCACUCUGACCUUUAACCCCUUGAUGCUCUCCAACAGUGGACAGUACAGUUGCCGGGCAACUAUCACCUCCCCCCAUCUCAACACUCCCCAAGUGUUGGGUAGUGGAUCACAAGACCUCAUGGUUCAAGUUACCACUCCGAGUGUCUCCAUUGUGGAUCCUGGUAAUCUCUUUGUGGCCACCUCCCCUCCUCUCUGGUGUAGUGUGAGUGUGGACUCAUCAGUGGUGGAUGUGCCAGUGUCUGCCAGUGUGGAGUGGGAUGGCCCCAGGGGAAUGGGGUUCUCCUUAGUCAGUGGACCUCUAUCAGGAGGAUCUACCACUCUCUCUGUUCCCCUCACCAAUGCCAUGACAACAGACAGUGGUGACUACACGUGCAGAGCUAGUGUGAGUACAACCUCAACGGCCUACCCUCAAGUAAGCCCCAGUAGUGAGGGAUCUGACAGCAGGAGCAUCACUGUCUAUGGUGUCCCCUCUGCCCCCAGUGUGACUGUGACUGAUCGUACCACCACCACCCUCACUUUCUCAUGGACACAACCACCAAAUGAACUGGUUACUACAUACAUCCUUGACCUCGACUAUCGUGGAGACUGCCCUGAGCAUAUCUCCAACACUCCACAAGAAAGGCUCAAUGGAGAUGUUACAACAUUCACUUUUGGUAGUAUAUUUCGUCUUGAAGGGUUCAAUGACUACCAGUUGACUAUCACUGGGACCAAUGGAGCUGGUACCAGUUCACCUGUGUUGGAGACAGCUACUACUUUACCAGCUGCUCCUAAUGCUCCUGUACAGAACUUGAGAGUCAAUACCUCUAGAUCUAGUCCCAUCACCAUCCAAUGGGAUAGAGUUCCUUGUAUUAGCAGGAACAGUAAGAUCACUGGCUAUACAGUAACUUAUACUCCUCCUCCUACUCUCGAUACUGUCUCUGGAACUGACACGAGGGAAUUCUCUGUCUCUGUGUUUCCCAGAACACUGUACUCAUUCUUUGUGGCUCCCAACAGUGGCAGUGGAGCUGGACCCAACAGUGAGGUCAUCACUCAUACAACUGACCCUGCGACUGAUGUGAGCUUCCUUGUUAAUGGAGAGCUCUUACCUGACAACUCUGUCAUCAGACCAGACCAGUUUGGAGAGGACCUGGCAGCUCUUCAUUGCCUCACCCCGUACGAAGAUUGCUGUAGAACAUCAGACACUGUGGGCCCAGUGGGGGCAGGGCAAUGGUUGACCCCUACUGGGGACAAUGUUGCUUUCUCUAAUUCCAUGCUCUACAUGACACGCAACCCCAGUCGAGUGUCACUCAAUAGAGACAGUUCUUUAGCACCAGCUACUGGGAUCUACCGCUGUCAGAUUCCAGUGUCAGAGAGCUCUGAUCAGACCAUCCACAUCGGACUCUACCCUGAGGGACAAGGUACUCCCACUAUACCUGGUGAUCUGGUGUUCAAUAGAUCUACCCUCACUCUGACGUGUGUGUCUAAUGGUGGUCCAGCUAGUGAGGUGGUGUGGACCAGGGAUGGAGAUACUGUCUCUACUGGAUACACUCUCACACAAACUGUGUCUUAUAUAACCACAACAUCUUAUGAGAAUGUCCUGACUGCUACUACCAUUGCUGAUCUGGUGGGUAACUUCACCUGUACAGUCAGCAACAGCAGAGGCACCAGUGCACAGAGCAUACCCAUAUCUGGUGUUCGUAUCAUAGACCCCCCACAGCUAACAGUGGGUCAGUCUGCCACCCUCACUUGUGAGAGUGAUCUGACUGGUACUAUAGAAUGGCUGGACUCUGACAUGAGUGUACUAGCCACUGGAACUGGAUCAGAGCUAGACUACACUAUACCUCUGGUCAGUGAUGGCAUGCAUGGAUCCACUCUUAUCUGUAGAGCCCCUGGGGGGUCAGAGGUCAUCACUCUCACUGUCAUAGUGCCUCCUGACAUUCUUGAUUUCACCAUCACCCCUGCUGGUUCCUCCACUGCUGGCUCUGAGUACUCGUUGCAUUGUGAAGUCUCUCUGAGUAUCAGUGGACUAGUCAACCCACCCACUGCAGUGUGGACAGCUACUGAUAAUGACUUCAGUGUCAUCUCCUCUGGUGAUGCCUCCACUCUGACCUUCUCUCCUCUGAGGACCAGUCAUGGUAGAGCUGGCUACACUUGUGUUGGUCAGUUAGAGUCUCCUGCACUUGAUCAGGUGAUGGAGGAUCAGACACAACGUGAUGUCAUGGUGACAAUCCCCAUCCCUGGAGUAUCAUUGACCACACCCACUUCCUUGACUGCCGGCACACCCUCUUCCCUUACCUGUACCAUCACUGUGGACAAUGCUGUGGAUAGAAACGUGGUAGUGGACAUUGUGUGGGAGAUCUCCACUGACAGUGAUCCCAUCACCACUGCCACUGGUAGUGUACCAACCUUCACCAACACUCUCCCCAUCCCUGUACUGAGCACUCGCUACACUGGAGUCAUCUGUAGGGCUACUGUGAGAAGAUCAUUUGCUGAUUCCUUUGUGUUGUCCAGCUCUCAAGGAUCAGCUUCUGUAGACUUCACAGUGGAGGCCCCCCUACCCCCUGUGGUGACCAUCAGUGUGUCUGGUGACUCUGUGGCAGGCUCCUCCCUCUCUCUCCUCUGUACUGCCACGCCCCCUACCCCCCUAGUAACUCCACCCACCAUCUCAUGGGUGGGUGUGGUCUCGUCUGAUGAUGAUGUCACUGUUACCAACAUCUUGACUGUGGCAGAGUCUAGCACUAUGGCAACCUUUGACCCCCUGAGAACCAGUCGUGGCGGUAUGUACGUGUGUGUAGCAGACUACAACAUUCCUGGCGCUGAUCUCCCUGACCUCUCCAACACUACAUCCACCAUUGUCAGUGUGCAAAUCCCGAGACCUGAUGCCAGGAUCACUUUUGACCCCAUGAUGGAUGGCUACACUGUUGGCCUAUUCCUGACCCUGGGUUGUGAGGUCACUCUAUCAUCAGCUGUUGAUACUAUGGUGAACCUUGAACCUACAUGGAGAAAGGAGGGUGUCGUACUGACCACCAGAGAACAACUCACUGUGGGGCCGUUUAAAAACCUCACUAGAACUAAUACUAAUGAUGACCAGGUGUACACUAGCUUGUUGGAAUUCCAGCCAUUGACAAGAGACUUUAUUGGCAAUGACACCUUGUAUGAGUGUGAGGCCAGUGUAGUGCCUCAGAGUGAUACCUUCAUCACUGGAACCACCACCAACACAUCCACCACACUCACAGUGGGAGUGGCUGCCUUUGCUGCCUCCAUUAGUCCUGCCUCCACUGUGCUAGCUGGCUCUGAGCACACUCUUAUGUGUCAGGGAACUAGAGGAGAUGACCAGGCUGAUGGUACCACACUGGAGGUGGAGUGGUUCAAUCGUGAUGGUGCCCUCAUAACUGGAGAGACUAGUGAUGUCAUGAUAACAGGAGUCACUGACAUCACUACUAAUGCUACCCUCAUCAGCUCUCUGAUCUUCGCCAGUGUCCAGACAUCUCAAGCUGGUCCCUACACGUGUAGAGUCAACCAUACUAUACCUGACAGCACCAUCGCUGAUCAGAGCAUCCUGAGCUCAUCAGUGGUCACUGUGCAGAUUAAUACCCCUCAAGUGAUGAUCAAUGCUAGUCGGUCUGCCACACUGUACGAGGGAACUACUGGUCAGGUCCUACGCUGUGUGGUUACCCCUGACAACGCUGGAGUGAACACAAUCACUAGUGUGACACGAGAUAUAACUGGAGGUGCUAACAGAGACACGACUAGUGACACUGUCAGUGAUGGUGUGAUUAGUGUGGAGGAGGCCAUUCAAGUGCUGAGUCUCAGUGACACUGGGACCUACACAUGCUCUGCUACUGUGACCUCUGAACCCAACAAUAUGUACAUUAUGUCAGCCACCAAUACAGACACUCUGAGCAUAACUGUGGAGGUCCUCCCAGUCCCUGUUGUGGAGAUAUCACCCAGUAGUCCCCUACCAGUGCUGGCUGGGUCCUCCCUCGACCUCACCUGCUCAGUCUCAGUGGAGGACCUUCUCUCUGUGGAGCCACUCAUACAGUGGACACUGUCUGACCAGCCACUAUCUGGGGUACUCAAUGGCCGUACCAACACACUGACCUUUGACCCCCUCCUCACAACCAACGCCACUCAGUACACAUGUACUGCCACUAUCAGCAUACCUGCAGUGGACAUCACUAGUACUGGCAGAAGCUCUAUAGCCCUCACAGUGGACAUCCCCCCUCCCACUGUGAGUGUGUCCUCACCCACCCCCGUCUACCAUGGCACUAACCACACCCUCUCCUGUAACGCUGGCUAUGACACUAGUGUAGUGACGACUGCUGUGACUCUGGACUACUCCUGGACUGGACCCAACCUCAUAGCCUCCAGUGAUAGUGCUGCUCUCACACUCUCACCAGUGGACCUACCAGCACAGAGCAGCGGAGACUACACUUGCACUGUCAGCCUUAUCCCAGCAGACUCAACCUUCAUCAACCCUGCCACAGACUUUGAUACUUACACCCUCACUGUACUAGCUGCUCCCCCUCCUGAGGUGUUGACUGGUGUGCCUGUGAGGGAGGAGCGUUGUGGACAAGUGUCCUCCAUCACCUGUACUGCAUCUGUCAUUGAUAACUUUGUAGCCACACCCACCUUCAUGUGGAGUGGGUCGGGUGGAGACAUUGUGGACUCUGACAACAUUCUCAACUUGCCCUCUGAGAUGACUGGAGGAGAGUACACUUGUAUGGCUUGUGUGAAUGUACCACAAGUCAAUAUCAUCAAUCUCUGUACCAACUCAACCAUCACCAUACAGGACACCACCCCCCAGCCAGUGAGUGAUGUGGUGUGUUCCUCCCUCUCUCCCUCCACUCUGAGUGUGAGCUGGUCCCCUCCAACUGACCCUGUCCUCAGUUAUCAAGUUGAGGUCAAACAGUACAGUAAAGUGGCUGUAGGGAACAUAGUCAGUCUCUCUACUCCAUUUGACAGUGAGGACAUUAUCACCACGACCACUGUGGAGGGUCUAGCUGCCUCUACCCGGUACCUGGUCAGUGUUGAGGCAGUGAGUGGUGUCGGCUGUAGUGAUGUCACUGAGAUAGACUGCUACACUGAGCAAACACAGCCCCCAGUGGUUACCGGGGUAACUGUAGACAGACUCAACGGGACUGCCAUGAAUGUCAGCUGGACUCAACUCAACAAAGCUCAGUCCAAUGGCUUCAUUCAGAGUUACAUAGUGACAUACUCUGUUGUCACGACAACACCCAAUCGUAAGAGACAAGGCUCUCAACAAGUGACAGUAUCCAGUGACAAGAGUGGUACUAUCAUUGGAGGACUGGACCCGGGGUCAGAGUACAGUGUCGAUGUGAGCGCUAGUGGAGCAGGGGGAACUUCACAAUCCUCUCCUCCGAUAGUGUCCCCCACUAUAACCUCAGUGUUGUUCCAGCUCAGACUUACCAACAUCAACAACUGUCCUGACUGGGUCGAACAACCAGACAGGCUAACUGCUGUCACUGAAGCACUGGUGUCUGAGAUCCAGGGUCUUUGUCAGUGUUCCUUUGCUCUUAGUGAUAUCCAAGAGCCAUCCUUCCAAUGCUUCCCAGAGUCAAACCAAGCUGUAACCUUCCGUGCCAUCACUACCUCCAGCUUCAUUGGUGGCAUAUCACGCUGGAUUGCUGACGAUGGUUUACUGAGAGUACAGAGGGUUUUUAUACGAGUGGACAAGACUUGUCAGGUGGAGAUAUCAAACUUUGAGGACACCGAGUGUAACACUAUACCUGUGGGUAGUGAGUCAUCAGCUGCAGUGAUUGGUGGGGGUGGUCAUUGUCCUUAUCAUUGCUGUUACAGUCAUAGUGAUUGCUGUGCUGGUGUUCAAGAGCAGGAGAGAGAAGCUGACUGUCCACAGAACAACAAAGGUGUGGUCAGUACGGGUGAGAUACAACCAUACGAGAUGAUAGAAAUGGGUGAUCAUGAAUAUGAGGAAGUGUCCAAGUUCCAACAACCGAGUGGUGGGGAGUAUGAGAUGGUGGGAGGCCCAUCAGCUGGCUAUGAGAACAGGGCUGCUAUAAUGGCUACCAAACAAACAUCACCGCCCCCUCCACCCCCUCCACAGAUGGUGGGAGGCCCAUCAGCUGGCUAUGAGAACAGGGCUACUAUAAUGGCUACUAAACAAACGUCUCCACCCCCUCCACAACCCUCACAACAGGAGACAGUGGAUGCCAGGGGUGACUUUGAGGUCACUGAGUGCAUUGCCUACAGCAUGACUACCUAUGGCCCCCCUCCCCCCAACACUACCACCCAUGACCCCCCUCCCCCCAACACGACCAGUGGAGACCCACUGUAUGCUAACUGCCACUAAUGGACUUUAUCACUAACUACAUCAUUCAUACACUCCCAUCAUGAUUGUAGAAUUUUUCAGUUUUUUGCAGAUACAAAUUUUCUUUUAGAUAUAAGCAUUUGCAUAGCGAUUGUUUAACCUUAAUGUCAUUUUGUAGUCAUCAAGUUAUGAUCACUGAUCACUUAUAGCAAAUAUAUAUCAUGAUCAAUGCAGUAUUAUUAUUAUUAUUAUUAUUAUUAUUAUUA